UGGGGGAAGCCGGGAGGAUUCGCCGGCGGGACGGUCUGCGGUUUGCAAUGAGAGAAAUAAUUUAUUUGCAUGACAAGUGGCACGUUUAGAUUCAGAAGAUAACAGAUCAGUCCACCUUGAAGAAUUCGUGACAGAAUAUGGCACGUCCUGUUGAUAUAUUGCCAGAAAAUCUGAGGAAGUCGGUGACGGAAGCAAAACUCUUGCUUGUUGGAGCCGGAGGCAUUGGUUGUGAGGUGUUGAAGAACCUUGUUCUUUCUGGAUUCCAGACAGUGGAAGUGAUUGACCUGGACACAAUUGAUGUGAGCAACCUGAAUCGGCAGUUCCUGUUCCAGCGACAGCAUGUUGGCAAGCCCAAGAGCAAGGUGGCCUGUGAAGCCGCCCUGGGCUUCAAUCCCAGUGUGUCGCUCAAGGCACACCAUGACAGCAUCAUGAAGCCCGAGUACGGGGUGAACUUCUUCAAGGGCUUCACGCUGGUGCUGAACGCGCUCGACAACCGGGCGGCACGCAGUCACGUGAACCGUCUGUGCCUGGCGGCGCAGGUGCCGCUGGUGGAGAGCGGCACGGCCGGCUACCUCGGCCAGGUCACGGUGAUCAAGAGGGGCGCCACCGAGUGCUACGAGUGCCAGCCAAAGCCGGCGCAGAAGACGUUCCCCGGCUGCACCAUCCGCAACACGCCCUCCGAGCCCAUUCACUGUAUCGUCUGGGCCAAGCACCUCUUCAAUCAGCUGUUCGGCGAGGCCGACCCGGACGAGGACGUCUCUCCGGACACGGCCGACCCUGAGCUGGCAGGCGAGGCGGCAGCGACCGCCGCCCUCUCGGAGCCGGCCCGCGCCGACGGGAACGUGGAGCGGGUCUCCACGCGCGCCUGGGCCGCCCAGAGCGACUACGAGCCGCGCAAGCUGUUCCGCAAGCUCUUCCACGACGACAUCCAGUACCUGCUGACCAUGGACAAGCUGUGGACCAAGCGUCGACCGCCCACGCCGCUCGUCUGGGACACGCUGCCAGAUGCCGUGGCCGGCAGCAGCAGCGGCAGCGGCGGCGGCGCCGACAGCGGUCUGGCCGACCAGCGGCUGUGGGCGCCGGCCGAGUGCGCGGCCGUGCUGCAGCGGUCCGUGGCCAGCCUGCGCCUCCAGCUGCGUCAGCGGCCUGACGGCGGCCACCUGCUCUGGGACAAGGACGACGCCGACGCCAUGGACUUCGUGGCCGCCUGCGCCAACCUGCGCGCCCACUGCUUCGGCAUCGCCCUCAACACGCGCUUCACAAUCAAAUCAAUGGCCGGCAACAUAAUACCGGCCAUCGCCACCACCAACGCCAUCAUCGCCGCCAUGGUCGUGUUCGAGGCCUACAAACUGCUCGAGGACAGGUUCAAGGAGUGCAAAACGGUGUACCUGAACCGGCAGCCAAACGCCCGCCGCCGACUACUGGUGCCCUGCGAGCUGGUCAAGCCAAACCCCAAGUGUUACGUCUGCGCCGAGAAGCCAGAGGUGUCGGUGCGGCUGGACGUGACGCAGAUGACGGCGCGCGCGCUGGAGGAGCGCGUGCUGAAGGCGGCGCUGAGCAUGGUGGCGCCGGACGCCGAGCUGCUGGACGGGCGCGGUACGAUCCUGCUCUCCUCGGAGGCCGGCGAGACGGACGCCACCGCCGGCCGCACGCUGGCGGAGCUGGGCGUCGCGGACGGCGCGCGGCUCCGCUGCGACGACUUCCUGCAGAACUACGAGCUCAUCGUCAACGUCGUGCACUGUACUGACCUGGAGGAGGGGCAGGAGUUCGAGGUGGUGGGCGACCCGGACCAGCUGCGGCCGAGCGACGCCGCCGAGCCGGCGCCCUCCGCCUCCACCUCCGCCUCAGCCAACGGCGGCAGCGGCGGCGCAGGUCUGCCGGCCGAGCAGGUCGACGACGACGACGACCUGGUGUGUCUCUCCAAUGACGAGGAGGAGGAGGAGGAUGGGCGCCUGGCCGACGGCAAACGGUCGGCGUCCUCAGACCUGGCCACGCCGCCGGCCAAGAAGCGGCGGGCGCUCGAGGGCAGCCCCGACCCGGCCGAACCGGACGUCAUCGAGCUGUAGACGCUGCACGGCUGGACGCGCCGCCUCGACUCCGCCCAGCUCUUAACCGCGCUCAGUCUGACCUCGCCAAGCUCUAAACCUCGCCCAGCUCAAAACCCGCGCUCAGUCUGACCUCACCCAGCUCCAAACUGCGCUCAGUCUGACCUCGCCAACCUCUAAACCUCGCCCAGCUCAAAACCGCGCUCAGUCUGAUCUCACCCAGCUUGAAGCCGCGCUCAGUCUGACCUCACCCAGCUCUAAACGACCUGACCCAGCUCCAAGCCGCGCUCAGUCUGGACCUCAUCCAGCUCGAAACCGCGUUCAGUCUGACUUCACCCAGCUCUAAACCGCGCUCAGUCUGACCUCGCCUAGCUCUUAACCGUGCUCAGUCUGACCUGACCCAGCUCUGAGUCGCGCUCGCCUGAAACUCACCUCUGAGCCGCGCUGAGUCGGAGCUCGCCCCUCCCAGCUCUAAGCGCACCCAGGCAGGUCUUACCCAGCUCUGAACGGUGCCGAGCAAGCACCUCGGAUGGAACUGGCCCGCUCCAGACCGUGUUGGACCAUGGACCAUGCGCAUCUCUGAGUCGUGCUCCGCAGGACAUUACCCAGCUCUGAGCCGCGCUCGGUCCAGCUCAGCGAACCAGCCGUGUACCCGCGCGUGGCGGAGUCAGCCGCGUCAGCCCCUCUGUCUGCGUGUGCUGGUGCGCGGCGGCCGCUGAGCGCGGCGGCGAGUCCGGACGCGGCGGGAGCUGGGCGCGGGGCGCCGUUCACUGCCACCAGGCGGCAGCACCUGCCUCGCCCGACGUUCAGCACUGGAUGUGCUGUCACGUCCUGUGGUGGCCUGUUCCAUAUUGGUAUCGGCUGUUCGAAUUCCGUCAUCACUAUUGUGUGUUUCUAUAUGUGCCCGGCCGGACUGCUCUGUCCCAGGCAGCGUGUCAUUGUUGGAAUACA